AUGACUGACGCUGAAUAGAAGCUCCACGAUCACGAACACGUCCACGGUGAAGACUGCGACCACGAUCACGAUCACGAACAUGAUCACGACGACUCUGACUCUGAUGAUGAAAAGGGCGACAAGAAGGCUAACAGAGGUGAAAAGAAGUUCAAGAAGGCUAUGGCCAAGCUCGGCAUGAAGUCUGUUGAAGGUAUCAACAGAGUCACCAUUAGAAAGGGCAAGAACUUACUUUUAUAUAUUGACAACCCCGAUGUCAUGAAAUCACCUGGUGCUGAAAACUCUUACAUCAUCUUCGGUGAAGCCAAGAUCAACGAUUUCGCUCAAAACUUAGCUGCUUCUGAAGCUGAAAAGUUCAACUCCAAGGCUCCCACUCAAGCUCCCAAGACCGAAACCACCGCUGAAACCACCGAAGAAGCUGAAGGUGACCUCGACGAAACUGGUUUGGAUGCUGAAUCCAUCAAGAUGGUCAUGGAACACGGUAAGUGCACCAAGGCUAAGGCCAUCAAGGCUCUUAGAGAAACCGAAGGUGACGCCGUUACUGCUAUCAUCAAGGUCCAAGAGUGA